AUGAAACGAAUAAUACACAGUAGAUUGAGAAUCAAUUUUAAAUCAGAUACAAAACAAUACAUUGAAUUAGAUGAUACAAAUGUGAAAUAUGCAUCAACAACAUUAUUUCCAACGACAGGAACAACGCCUACCGUAGAAUUUACACCAUUAUCAUCGACAACAAUAACAUCAUCAUCCUCAUCAUCAUCAUCAUUAUUGUCAUCACCAACAUUUUCUCAAUGUGUUGGUUGUGGUUUAAUAAUUUACGAUCCAUUUAUGUUAAAUGUUCAACCAAAUUUAAAAUGGCAUAUACGUUGUUUAAAUUGUUCAAAAUGUCUACGUUCAUUGAUGAAUGAUUCAACUUGUUUUGUACGUGAUUGUAAAGCAUAUUGUAGAGAAGAUUAUUUUAAUACUUUCCUAUAUCGUUGUGCUGGAUGUUAUCGAUCAAUUGAUAAAAUGGAUUUGGUAUUUCGUAUACGAUCACGUACAUUUCAUUUAGAUUGUUUUCGUUGUGUUAUUUGUGAGAAAUUACUACAGCCUGGUGAAGAAAUUGCCUAUAGAAAUGAACAAGUUUAUUGUUUAAUACAUUCACAUCUUAUAGAGAAAUUUCCAAAAAUUACUCAUCCUUCGCAUAAUCAUGAAAAUGACAAUAAUAAUAAUAAUAACAAUAAUAAUAAUACGCUUCAUAUUGACAAUAAUACUGAUAUGGAAACAUUACAGUUCAUAUCAGGUAAUCAUUUAAUUAACAAUGCGAACAACGGUAACAAUACUAACAACGAUGGCAAUCCUGUUCGAGUCAAUAAUAUUGAUCUUCAUGAUACAAAUCAACCAAUGAUUGAACAAGUAGAAAUUAAUAUUAUUCCAGGCACAAAUCUUGUCACCAAUACUACAUGUUAUAAAACUAAUAGUAACAUAAAUAUGAAUCCAUCUAAAUUUACAAAUCAUUGUCAUGAAUCAUUGAUUACAGAUGAUAUGAGAAGUUUAAAAUCUGAUAUAAAAGGUCUAUUGCCAAAUUUAUUAUCACAUCAAACAGAUGAUAUACAACAAUUGAUGACAAUGAAAUCAAUUUAUUGUAAUAAUAAUAAUACUACUAAUACUACUAAUAAUAAUAAUAUUGUGACCAGUAUGGACUUGACACCUGAUAUGGAAGAUGGUGUUAUCUAUGAGAAUUUAUGUAAUUCCACAUCGACAACCAUAUCAAUGCCAACAGUACAUACUAAUGUUACUUUUACCAAUAUGCAUAAUCAUAUUAGCAAUAAUAGUAAUAAUGGUAAUAAUUAUAUGAACAAACUGAUUAAUAAUCAAAAUUCCAUAUGUAAUUCUAGUUUUAACAAUCCAUUAAAUGAAAAUACAUGUCCUAACUCACCAGACAGUUCAUUCGGUGCAAUUAUUCAAGAUAUAGACAGUCCAAUGUCAGAUAGCAGUGAUGAUUUAAGUCGUGAAGAUGAAGAUUUCAGUCUACUUGGUAUGAGUGAAUCGAAUACAACUGGUUUAUCUGAAAAUGGUAUUGCAUUAAAUGGAUCCAAUUCAUUACCUAUGAAUAAUAAUAAUAAUAGUAAUAACAAUAAUACUGUAUUAAAUCAUAAUUUAUAUGGAAAUUUUAAUCAGAAUCAUUUGAUGAAUAUUGGUGGUAGUGGAAGUCUUACAGGGAGUACAAGUAGUAGUGGAACAAGUGUUACUAGUGUUCUUGGUGAUGAAGUAGUUCAUAGUAUUGUCAUUUCACGUGGUACAAAUGGAUUGAAUAAUGGUAGUUGUGGUAUAAGUGGUAUUGGAUCCAGACCAUCAUCGGGAAAAUCUGGUGGAAGUAAACGAUCAAAAGACCAGAAGACAACUCGGGUACGAACUGUAUUAAAUGAAAAACAAUUACAUACAUUAAGAACAUGUUAUGCUGCCAACCCGAGACCAGAUGCUCUAAUGAAAGAACAAUUAGUGGAAAUGACAAGUUUAAGUCCACGUGUUAUACGUGUUUGGUUUCAAAAUAAACGUUGUAAAGAUAAAAAACGACAAUUAUUAUUAAAACAAAUGGAACAACAUCAACAGAAUGGUGGACGUCCAGGCAGUUUACAUGGUAUUUCAAUGAUUGCACAGAGUCCUGUUCGUAAUGAUAUGAAUUUGAUGUGUGCUAAUUCUGGCAUUGAUGUACAUCAUAUCCCUGGACCAUAUUGGACUGCACAAAAUGUACAAAAUGAUUUGAAUUCACGAUAUCGAUCACAUAGUCCUUCGAAUUUAUUAACAAAUCAACCCAAUAAUAAUAAUAAUAACAAUAAUAAUAAACUAAUUAGACAUUCAAUUGAAAAUACCACAUUAUCCACUUCAUCACCGAAUUCAUUAAUAAAUUAUCAUACAAAUUCAUUGAAUGAGCAUACAAUCACGAAUUAUACAUCUGGAUGUUUAUUAAAUUCCAACUUAUCGAAUUUAAUCCCACCACCUCCAACCAUACCACAGUCAUCAACAUUAACAAGAAUUCCAGGUUUAUUGUCGAAUUCAUCUAUUCCUUCGUGUAUAUCAUCGCCGCCACCUUCAUCAUCAUCAUCGUCAUCAUCAUUAUCGUCAGGACAGAAUUUCAAUUGUAUUCAAUCGAAUAACCUGAAUAAUUCAUCGUUGAAUUUAUCAAUAACAGGAACAACAGCAACAACAGCAACAACAACAAAUGAUAAUUCAACAGUGAAUCAUUUAAAAUGUAAUAGUUUAGUGAUUCCUUCAAAUGGUAAUAAUGUGAAUACUACUAUUAAUAGUAAUAAUAAUACUACAACGACUACUAACACGAACUCCAAUAAUGCUACUAGUAACAAUAGUACAAAUGUGAAUCAAACACAUUUUCUAAAUGAACGUUCAGCACCGCCAUUUCAACAGUUGGUGAGAAUAUUUUAACUCAGUAGUCCUUACAAAAAACAAAAUAAAAUAAGAAAUUAGAAUUCUUUAAGACAGAUAAAAGGCGUCUAAAAAACAACACUUCAUUAGAUUGCUAUAAAUUACUAUUUCUUUAAUGAAUGGUAUUGUGUAGCGCAAAUACACACAUAUAUAUAUAUAUAUACAUAGACAUACAAACUGACAAACACACAUCAUGCACAAUUCACUGUUCAUUCAAUAAUUAGUUUAAUUUACUUUCAC